GGUUUAGUUUAGAGUUUCUUUCCCGUUCCCCGGUUUUUCUUUUCUUAUUUUUUUUCUCCCCUUCUUUUUAUUUCUUUUUUUUCGGUUCGUUUGUUGCAUCGUUAAAUAUGUCUGUCUUGUUGGGCAACAGUCAGUCAGCCAUGUUUAUCCUGGCAUUCCAGGUAUCGCUAUGUCUACUUGGGACUCUGGUGGAUUGCAACUGGCGUUUUAGGUGUCAAUUUCAAUCAGCGGUAUACGGUUCGUUGUACGCCCAACUCACUUUUCAUAAGAGAAACGUGAGCCUUGGAGUUAUUAGUUGGGGACGUGUAUUGCAUUUCUAUGUGCUUUUCCAGAAAGAGUUUGCUAGAUCUGGCCUUUGGGCUGGUGGACUUACAAGUGUUACAAUGGUAGUGCGAAACGACAUCGACUUCGCUACUCCUAACUAUGUAAAUAUGUAACGAACUCUGACUGAUUGGUGUGAGGGUGUCAUGGCUAAUAUGGCUUCCUUUACCGAAACAAGUAUGCGAUGUAUGUUUUUGAUGGGCUUGGCAUUUCCCGUAAUAGUGUAUGUAGUAUUUGUUCAACUCCCAAUGACAUUGUAAAGCAUAU